AAGCAGUUAACAUGUGAGACUUUAAAUGCACUCCAUAGGUUUUACGUUUUUAUCAUAGAACUUUUACUUUAAGGAGCAAAACCUUCUUAGGCCAAUAACCCCCCCAGUACCCAUGCCCAGCUUCAACAGUUGUCAACACUUUGCCUACCCUUGUUUCAGCAACCUUUCCCUUUUCUUUUUGGUGAAUAUUCUGAGUAUUUUAAAGCAAAUCUCAGACAUCUCACCAGACAAUUAAGAGGCACUAGUUAAAUGGCGUUUGAAAUGUAACAAACAGCGGGUACCCCUACUUGGAACCUUCCUAGCUAGAAUUCUGAGUAAGGGGUUUGAGACCAACGGGCGUAGUCCAGCCCCCUCGCUUUACAACAAAGAGAACUCGGGAGAAUUGAGCCGCCCAGCCCUGGUGCUCGAGCGGGAACCAGGGAGAGAAGUCAGCCUUGGUGCUUGCCUGGUAAGUGGCGGUCCCAGGCAGGUGACCGCUCCCUGGCUGGUCCCUGGGAGGUGGGCGCGGGGGGCGGGAGGGGGGCGGGGACACUCCGCCGCCGACGAACAGAGAGAAUCCGAGCGAUUAGCCGUUCGCACUUCUGGAAGCGCAGGCCUGGUGAGCGACCGGCCUAGGAUGCUCCCGGAUCCUGGGACUUGCAAGCUGCGGUAACGGGAGCGCGGGAUUGUGGGGCUGACUGGGGCAAGGUACCCGAAGCUGGGGUAGCUCGGAAAGAGGAAGGAGCCUGCUCCCGCGACCAGCGGGAUAACCCAAGGCUGAGGGUAGACUGGGGCCUAGGUUGCCUGGCGGUCGCCCCCAGGCCCCCAGUGGGGAGUGGGCAGCGGGGCUGGCAGGGUGCCCGUGCCCGGAGCUGGGGACAGGAAGUCAUCUCCCGAGGGCGCGGCACUGGGUGAGAUGCUGCAGGUGUGUGGCGCAGGUGCAGGGAAGGGCUGCGGGGACCCACAGUCUGUCAGCGAACAGCGAGGUGAGAGGGGGGUCGCUUUCGCUUCCUGGGAACGCCAGCCUUGGGACCAGAGCUCGCUGCUGGGCCUGGCGUGAAGAGGAUUUUGCAAGGGACCCUUUAAAGCGCUCCAGGAUCCUGCACAUGGCACUGAUGGGGACCCCUGAACCCUACAGUGAGCCGGAUGCCAGCCAGGAGAAGCCCUUUCUGCUUCGGGCACUACAGAUCGCAUUGGUGGUCUCUCUCUACUGGGUCACCACCGUCUGCAUGGUGUUUCUCAACAAGUACCUGCUGGACAGCUCCUACCUGCAGCUGGAGAGCCCCAUCGUCCUCACCUUCUACCAGUGCCUGGUGACCACGCUGCUCUGCAAGGGUCUCAGCAUACUGGCCAUCUGCUUUCCUGGUGCAGUGGACUUCCCCUCUCUGUGCCUGGAACUCAGGAUGGCCCGCAAUGUCCUGCCCCUGCCGGUGUACUUUGUCGGCUUGACCAUCUUCUAUAACAUCGGCCAGAGGUACAUGGGUGUGGCCUUCUACACCCUGGGCCGAUCACUCACUAUCUUCUUCAACGUGCUGUUCUCCCACCAGAUACUCAAGCAGACCACUUCCUCCUAUGUCUUGCUCACCUGCGGCAUCAUCAUUGGUGGAUUCUGGUUUGGUGUGGACCAUGAGGGGAUGGAGGGUUCCCUGUCUUUGACGGGCAUCCUCUUUGUCGUGCUAACCAGCCUCAGCAUCUCGCUCAACGCCGUCUACACAAAAAAGGUGCUCCCGGCCUUGGACGGCAGCAUCUGGCGCCUGACCUUCUACAACAAUGCGAUCUCCUGCGUCUUCUUCCUUCCCCCACUCCUGCUGCUGGGGGAGCUGCGGACCCUCCGCCUCUUUGUCCAGCUGGGCAGAGCCCACUUCUGGGGCAUGAUGACGCUGAGAGCACUGUUUGGCCUUGCCAUCAGCUAUGUGACAGGCCUGCAGAUCAAGUUCACCAGCCCCCUGACCCACAACGUGUCAGGCGCAGCCAAGGCCUGUGCCCAGGCCGUGCUGGGUAUGCUGUACUAUGAGGAGACCAAGAGCUUCCUCUGGUGGGCGAGCAAUCUGUUGGUGCUCGGGGGCUCCUCCGCCUACACCUGGGUCCGGGGCUGGGAGAUGAAGAAGGUCCAGGAGGAGCCCGGCCCCAAGGAGGACGAGAAGAGCAGCAUGAGGGUGUGAGCCUCUGCAGGGACCUCGGGAUGGCCUGUCCCAAGAGAAUGCCCCGGAAUGCGGGGAAGGCCUCUCUUACCUGACAGACCUAGGUAGGCCUAGGAGGAAUGGAAAAUCACCAGGCGAGAAAACUACACCGUGGGACACUGUAGCCUGGGAAACUGCCAGCCAACCCAACCCAGGACAAACAGAUGCCCGGCUAAGAUUGGGGUCUGGGUUCGGCCUAUCCAGCAUAACAGGGUGCAGCUUUAACCCGAGGUCUGACAAGGUGUAUCAAGAACAAUGGUCAGCAGAAACGGCACCCAGCAACCAGCUCUAGCCAGUCAGACUCUGACUCCCCAACCAGUUACCCUUCGUAAGUUUUUGUGCUUAAAAACCCUGCCCUAAGAACAACCGAGCGAGUGUUAACCGCCCUUGGUUGGCUCCUCAACCUCCCCAGUUGGCCCCACUUUCCCCACGAGUGUUCACCUCCCUUGGUUGGCUCCCCAACCUUCCUAGGUUGGCCCCACUUUCCCCCAUGAGUGAUAACCUCCCUUGGUUGGCUCUCCAACCGUCCUAGGUAGGCCCCACUUUCCCCCAUGAGUGAUAACCUCCCUUGGUUGGCUUCCCAAUCUCCCUAGUUGGCCCCACUUUCCCCCACGAGUGUUAUCCCCCGUGGUUGGCUCCACUUUUCCCUC